AUGGACAUCCCUCGAUCUAUCUCGAACGCGUCUCGGACUUCACCGUCUGAGCUCCCAUCUUCAGGGUUCUCGUCAGUUGAGCCCGAACCUCAGGAUCCUUUCGCACAAUCUACGAAGAACGAGCACCCUUUCACCACAAUUCAGAGCUUUCGAAAGGCCUUAGAACGUCGUCAUCAAGAGCUUUUACAAGACCAAACUCAGGAUCAGUAUCUUGUCUUUACGUCUGUUCCCCCAGCGCAGUUUCCUAGACUAAGUCAGGACGGAUCGCGAACAAGCAAGUAUAGUCGAAUCUGUUUUAACGCAGAAACGGGAAUUUUGAUCGUUAAAGUUAUGCCGACGAUUACACACGAGCUUGCGAUAAGAUUAUUCGAUCAGCUGAUUACGUUCGAACUACAGGCAAUGAACCUGCUUCAGCAUAUAGACCCUCUUGGUUCGACAACAAUUCCGGUUGGAAAUUGGAAAAAAGAGGCUGAUUGUAGCUGGGGUCCGGCUUCAGUGAAUACAGGGCCGAGUUUCGUGGUUGAAGUAGGAUUAUCAGAGUCUACACGACAUCUUGCUCUUGAUGCGCAUGGUUGGCUCGAGACUCCCUCCUCGUCGGUGCAACUUGCGGUCACAAUCAACAUUACACGUACGAACCCUGAGAUUGUGCUACGCCGUUGGGAACUUACUCCCCGAAGAUAUAGUGUGCGUACAAGGUCCUCGCCUUCUUCUGCGCAGUGUACCGCAUUGAUCAAAAUAUCUCGAACGAAUAACGCAACAUCUGUUACUGGAGAAUUCUACGUGAACGGCACAGCUACGGCUACUCGACAGCUUAAUCUACCCUUUGCUAAGAUUACUGGCCGUAAUCCUCAGCCGCCCUUGGAGAGAGACUUCGUGAUACCCGAGCAAGCGCUGGAAAAUUUUGCCGAGGGUAUAUGGCGUCGGCAGGGACUUCUAUAA